AGGAUUGUUUGCAUCGCUCUGGCUUGGGGAGCGGAGACUGGAGUUAGAGACUUGUUUUUAUUUCUGUUCGGUUUUUUUUUCUUUUUCUUUGGAAAGAGGGGAAUUUCGUCCCAAAUCAAAGGAAUGAAGUCUGGCUCCGGAGGAGGGUCCCCGACCUCGCUGUGGGGGCUCCUGUGUCUCUCCGCCGCGCUCUCGCUCUGGCCGACGAGUGGAGAAAUCUGUGGACCAGGCAUCGACAUCCGCAAUGACUACCAGCAGCUGAGGCGCCUGGAGAACUGCACAGUGAUCGAGGGCUACCUCCACAUCCUGCUCAUCUCCAAGGCCGAGGACUACCGCAGCUACCGCUUCCCCAAGCUCACCGUCAUCACCGAGUACCUGCUGCUGUUCCGCGUGGCCGGCCUGGAGAGCCUCGGGGACCUCUUCCCCAACCUCACGGUCAUCCGUGGCUGGAAACUCUUCUACAACUACGCCCUGGUCAUCUUUGAGAUGACCAAUCUCAAGGACAUUGGGCUGUACAACCUGAGGAACAUUACUCGGGGGGCUAUCAGAAUCGAGAAGAAUGCUGACCUCUGUUACCUCUCCACGGUGGACUGGUCCCUGAUCCUGGAUGCCGUGUCCAAUAACUACAUCGUGGGGAACAAGUCCCCGAAGGAAUGUGGGGACCUGUGUCCCGGGACCAUGGAGGAGAAGCCGGUGUGUGAGAAGACCACCAUCAACAACGAGUACAACUACCGCUGCUGGACCACAAAUCACUGCCAGAAAAUGUGCCCCAGCGCGUGCGGGAAGCGCGCGUGCACGGAGGACAACGAGUGCUGCCACGCCGAGUGCCUGGGCAGCUGCACGGCGCCCGACAACGCCACGGCGUGCGUGGCCUGCCGCCACUACUUCCACCGCGGCGAGUGCGUGCCCGACUGCCCGCCCGACACCUACAAGUUCGAGGGCUGGCGCUGCGUGGACCGCGACGCCUGCGCCAACAUCCCCAGCGCCGAGAGCGGCGACUCGGAGGGCUUCGUCAUCCACGACGGCGCCUGCAUGCAGGAGUGCCCGUCGGGCUUCAUCCGCAACGGCUCCCAGAGCAUGUACUGUAUCCCCUGCGAAGGUCCUUGCCCCAAGGUUUGUGGAGAGGAAGAAAAGAAGACAAAAACUAUCGACUCCGUUACUUCUGCUCAGAUGCUCCAAGGAUGCACUAUCUUCCGGGGAAAUUUGCUCAUUAAUAUCCGACGAGGCAAUAACAUUGCUUCGGAGCUGGAGACCUUCAUGGGGCUCAUUGAGGUGGUGACGGGUUACGUGAAGAUCCGCCAUUCGCACGCCCUGGUCUCCUUGUCCUUCCUCAAAAACCUUCGCCAUAUUCUAGGAGAGGAGCAGCUGGAAGGGAACUACUCCUUCUACGUCUUGGAUAACCAGAACCUUCAGCAGCUGUGGGACUGGGACCACCGCAACCUCACCAUCAAAUCGGGGAAGAUGUACUUUGCAUUCAACCCCAAGCUGUGUGUUUCCGAAAUUUACCGCAUGGAGGAAGUGACGGGGACAAAAGGACGCCAGAGCAAAGGGGACAUAAACACUAGGAACAAUGGGGAAAGAGCCUCCUGUGAAAGUGACGUCCUGCAUUUUACCUCUACCACCACGUGGAAGAACCACAUCAUCAUCACGUGGCACCGGUACCGGCCCCCGGACUACAGGGACCUCAUCAGCUUCACCGUGUACUACAAGGAGGCACCCUUUAAAAAUGUCACAGAAUAUGAUGGACAGGAUGCCUGUGGCUCCAACAGCUGGAACAUGGUGGACGUGGACCUCCCUAACAAUAAAGACAAGGAGCCCGGCAUUCUCCUGCAGGGGCUGAAGCCCUGGACACAGUAUGCCGUCUACGUCAAGGCCGUGACCCUCACCAUGGUAGAGAAUGACCACAUCCGUGGGGCCAAGAGUGAAAUCUUAUACAUUCGCACCAAUGCUUCAGUUCCUUCCAUUCCACUGGAUGUCCUCUCGGCUUCGAACUCCUCCUCUCAGCUGAUAGUAAAGUGGAAUCCACCAUCCCUGCCCAAUGGCAACCUGAGUUACUACAUCGUGAGGUGGCAGCGGCAGCCUCAGGACGGCUACCUGUACCGGCACAACUACUGCUCCAAAGACAAAAUCCCCAUUAGGAAAUAUGCCGAUGGCACCAUCGACGUGGAGGAGGUGACGGAGAAUCCCAACACAGAGGUGUGUGGCGGGGAGAAAGGACCCUGCUGCACUUGCCCCAAAACGGAAGCUGAGAAGCAAGCUGAGAAGGAGGAGGCCGAGUACCGCAAAGUCUUUGAGAAUUUCCUGCACAACUCAAUCUUUGUGCCCAGACCUGAAAGGAAGCGGAGAGACAUCAUGCAGGUGGCCAACACCACCAUGUCCAGCCGGAGCAGGAAUGCCACAGUGGUGGACGUCUACAAUAUCACAGACCCAGAAGAGGUGGAGACAGAAUACCCUUUCUUUGAGAGCAGAGUGGAUAACAAAGAGAGAACUGUCAUUUCGAACCUCCAGCCUUUCACUUUGUACCGCAUCGAUAUUCACAGCUGUAACCACGAGGCUGAGAAGUUAGGUUGCAGCGCCUCCAACUUUGUCUUUGCAAGAACCAUGCCUGCAGAAGGAGCAGAUGACAUUCCUGGACCGGUCACCUGGGAACCAAGGCCAGAGAACUCCAUCUUUUUAAAGUGGCCAGAACCUGAGAACCCAAAUGGACUCAUUCUGAUGUAUGAGAUCAAAUACGGCUCCCAGGUGGAGGACCAGCGGGAAUGUGUGUCCAGACAGGAAUACAGGAAGUAUGGAGGGGCCAGGCUUAACCGGCUAAACCCAGGGAACUACACCGCCCGAAUUCAGGCUACCUCUCUCUCUGGAAAUGGGUCGUGGACAGAUCCUGUGUUCUUCUAUGUCCCAGCCAAAACCACCUAUGAAAAUUUCAUGCACCUGAUCAUUGCUCUGCCCGUGGCCAUCGUCCUGAUCGUGGGGGGUCUGGUGAUCAUGCUGUACGUCUUCCACAGAAAGAGGAAUAACAGUAGGCUGGGCAACGGAGUGCUCUAUGCCUCUGUGAACCCAGAGUACUUCAGUGCAGCAGAUGUGUACAUUCCUGAUGAGUGGGAGGUAGCCCGGGAGAAGAUCACCAUGAACCGGGAGCUUGGGCAAGGGUCCUUUGGGAUGGUCUAUGAAGGCGUGGCUAAGGGUGUGGUUAAAGAUGAGCCUGAAACCAGAGUGGCCAUUAAGACGGUGAAUGAGGCAGCCAGCAUGCGGGAAAGGAUUGAGUUUCUCAAUGAGGCCUCAGUGAUGAAGGAGUUCAAUUGUCACCACGUGGUGCGGUUGCUGGGCGUGGUGUCCCAGGGCCAGCCAACGCUGGUCAUCAUGGAACUGAUGACCCGGGGCGAUCUCAAAAGUUACCUCAGGUCUCUGAGGCCGGAAACAGAGCAGAAGAACGUAGUCCUGGAACCUCCCAGUCUGAGCAAGAUGAUCCAGAUGGCUGGCGAGAUUGCCGACGGCAUGGCAUACCUCAACGCCAACAAGUUUGUCCACAGAGACCUCGCGGCCCGCAAUUGCAUGGUGGCCGAGGAUUUCACAGUCAAAAUCGGAGAUUUUGGUAUGACUCGAGAUAUCUACGAGACAGACUACUACCGGAAAGGAGGCAAGGGCCUGCUGCCCGUGCGCUGGAUGUCCCCGGAGUCACUUAAGGACGGCGUCUUCACCACCCAUUCGGAUGUCUGGUCCUUCGGGGUGGUCCUCUGGGAGAUUGCCACACUGGCUGAGCAGCCGUACCAAGGCUUGUCCAACGAGCAAGUCCUUCGCUUCGUCAUGGAAGGCGGGCUUCUAGACAAGCCAGACAACUGCCCUGACAUGCUGUUCGAGCUGAUGCGAAUGUGCUGGCAGUACAACCCCAAGAUGCGGCCCUCCUUCCUGGAGAUCAUCGGCAGCAUCAAGGACGAGAUGGAGCCGGGCUUCCGCGAGGUCUCCUUCUACUACAGCGAGGAGAACAAGCCCCCCGAAUCCGAGGAGCUGGACCUGGAGCCCGAGAACAUGGAGAGCGUGCCCCUGGACCCCUCGGCCUCCUCCUCCUCCCUGCCUCUGCCCGACAGACACUCAGGACACAAGGCCGAGAAUGGCCCGGGCCCUGGAGUGCUGGUUCUGCGAGCCAGCUUCGACGAGAGACAGCCGUAUGCGCACAUGAACGGCGGCCGCGCCAACGAGCGCCCGCUGCCGCUGCCCCAGUCGUCCACCUGCUGAUGCUCGGAGCUGCUGACAGUAACGUGGGCGCAGGGGCGGGCCGGGAGAGCGGGGCCCACCAUGGAGUCACAAGCCUUCUGCACCUCAGUGGAUCUUCAGAGCAACCAUGGCUACCCAACGGGGGACAGCUUCUCCGCAGUAAACGCAUUUGGGGUGUUCCUUUUUCAAUAUGCAAGCAGCCUUUUUAUUUCCCUCCCCAAACACUCCUGGGCAAGGGCCUCUACACACCUGAAUGAUAACAAUAGCAACACAGCCACUCUGCCUCUCUCUCUCUCCUCUCUCUCUCUCUUUCUCUCUCUCCUUUUUCUGCUUCAUAAUGGAAAAAACAAACAACAAACCUCUGCAGCAAGCCCAACCAAGAAGUGUCCCCCCUCCUCCCCCCCGUGUCCACACUCCCCGCACCCACCCGCCCAACACCGUAUAUGUCUUUACACAAACAUAGAACACGCACACACACGCACAUAGAGAAUGACAUUUUUUUUUUUUAACUAUCUUUAGCCUUUUCGUAGGGCCUUCCAAAAACUGUUAAAGGGUCAUUGUUCAUCCAUGGUUGUUAGCCAUUUUUAUGCUGCCAAAUUUUUGCCAAAAUCCUGGAUUUGUGUUUCCUCCCCUCCCCCCGCCGUGGCCACGCCGCUCUGAGGCACGGGGGUGGGUGCAUCCAGCAGGUCCUUGUUCACCUCCGGUUUAAGGGAUGGGUGGGUGAUGGGCCCCAUGACCCCCCUCCUCCGACCCCCCACAUCCACUCAGCUCUCCUUGAAGAUGACAACCAGGCUGUUACGGGGCUGAUGAGAAAACGGGGGUCUCUUCUAUGGACAUUGUGCCAUUCUCUUCCCCAGCCUCCUCCCUACUGACCUCCACCACCCCACCCCAAGGGACACAGACGGGCCGGGGUUGCAGGCGGGCAUUCAGACACACAGUAGCGGGAAGAAUAGCAGGCGACAGAUUCAAGCAUUCUAAGCUCUGUGACUAGGACUUCCUCACGGUCUUACAGUUCUAUGUUAGACCAGGAAAACAUUUGCAUACACGUCGUCUUUAAUGUCACUUUUAUAACUUUUUUAUGAUUCAGAUAUUCAUCUAUAUGUCUGUACAGAAAAAAAGCUGCUAUUUUUUUUUUUUUUGGUUAUUGUUCUUUAUCUUUGUGGAUUUAAUCUAUGAAAAGUUACAGGUCUCCUUUUUCUUCUCUUCUGCUCACUCCAAGAAAACUUCUUAAUGCUUUGUACUAGAGUGUGUGAUUUCUGCCUCCCCCUCUCCCCCUUUUGCUCUUCUCCCAGCAAUGGAUACUUCUGGACCAUAAUUUGCCAUUAACUCUUUGAUGCCUGGUGAUUUUUUUUUUUGUUGUUGUUGUUUGUUUUUAUCUUUUUGUGGAUUUUUUUUUCUCUUUUUAUUUUGGUUUUUCUUUUUUUUGGAGGUUGUUUUUUUUAAUGUAAAUACAUCUCUCCCUUUCCUGCUGUCCCCAGUCCCAUUUGUUGUAUUCUAACCUGUAGGUUCUGUGGACACAAGGUUAGGGCAUGAGGCAGGGGGGGCUGGGGUGAAGGCCACAGGACCUCGUUCCCCUCUGUGGUCAGGUGCCCCUUCUGUCCCAGACCAGACGUGAUACAAACUCAGGUCAGAAAACAAAACAGAAUAGCUCACAUGUCCUUGUUGGGCGUUUGUACGCCUCAUUGUCUCAUCUGUCACUUUCCCUUGCUGCUCUUUGGUGGUAACAUGCAUCUAUCUGUAUUUAGAGAGAGAGAGAUUCUUGGGUACAACAGCAGUGUUCAACUGCAGACACUUAGGCAUUUGGAAUGCUGAUUUUUUUUUUGAUCAUUUUUAUUUCAUGACUAUUUAAUCCUUCCAUCCCCUGAAACACCUGUACAGCAAGCAGAAUGUGGCUUGGCCAUCUUCAUCGGACCUACCUGUGCCUUACAGCCACAGCAGGCCGGUGGGGGGGGAGGGUGCUACGCACAGGGUCUGCCAGCCUGAGUGUGAACAGGGCAGUGCUAGCUGCACAGCAGCCCCGGAUCCCUUCAUUCUCUCCUAGGAGAUGGGAGCCUGGCCUUGGCUGGCCUUCCUUGGCUGGGAAUCUCAGUCCUGGGGUGCAGGAAGGACAGAGUCUUGCUCGAUUACAUUUUGUUUUUCACAGCACAAGCAUCGCUUCUGGGAUGAAAUGUUUAAAAAAAAAAAAUGAGUGAGGACAAAGCUCAAAGAUGAUGACUGCUAGUCGUGGCUGGAGAUUAAACCCAGAAAAGCAAAGGUGCCAAGCUUUUCUGCUUGUGAGUAGAUUCAGCCUCAGCUUUCUUACUAGCCUCAGUCAGUGUUUCCCCUUAAAAAAAAAAAAGAAAAGAAAACGCUAAAUAAGAACAUAUUAUGAGUAGUUUUCUUUUAAUUUAUUUUGUGAUACCAGUAGAGAAUCCCCCAUUAUGAAUUUAAAGGCAAAGGUUAGAAUGUGUGUGCGUGUGUGUGCGUGUGUGUGUGUGUGUGUGUGUGUGUGUGUGUGUGUGUGUGUGUGCAGGACAGGAUAGUUUUGGGGGUGUUUUGGUUGUUGCUUUUCAAACAUUUAUCUACCUCACUCUUAUUUUUUUAUAUGUGUAUAUAGGGAAAAAAAGAAAAAAAAAAACAAGAAACCAUCUCACACUUCACCUGACAAUAGGCCAUUGAUACUGCUAACCUCAUUCAUACCACAGACCACACACACACACACACACACACACACACACACACACAGGUGACACAGGGAGAGGUCAGGCUGCAUUCCAGGGUCCAAACAACACUAACUCACUUCUGCACCUAUUUCCAAUGGCUUGCCUUUGCUUUUCUGCUUUGAGCUAGUUCUUUUCCUCUCCCCCUCCCCAACCUGGUGUCCUCGGUGAUAGCACGGUCUUAGGAUUUCCCUCGCUCCUUCACUCAGCAGCCUCUAUGACCGCUGGGUGUGGGGGGAGGGGGAGGGGUGGUGCACCAGAACAUAGAGUGGGGGUCACCUGUCGCCUCUACCUCUGGAACCACUGCUUUAGACAGAUUGAAUGGCCAAUACAUUUGGUCUCUGAGAGAGCAGGUGUUCCUAGAGUUUGAGGGCCAGAAGAGGCCCACACGUAAGUCUUGUCUGGAAGGAGCCCCACAUGUGUAUUAUGUCAGGGACAUCCGGGUGGCUCCCCUAGCUUCCUGUGCUGAGACAGACCCAGGCAAGGCCAAUCAACAGUCAGAGACCUUGAUCCACCUACACCCUACUCAGGAGCACAGAGGCUCUCUCGGGACGACGGCCAGUGGCAUCCCCAGACAGUGGCACGUGACCCAUCUUACCCACACUGCCUCGUCCCCUAGGGGUAAACAAGGACGGGCCAAACCUGAGGGCCGGCUAGGCCAGAGGUCAGUGCCCAGCCUUCCUCCAGGGCUGGGCCUCCAUCGCCCUGUUACCCUGCUGCUUAGAGGAGUGGGUGAGAGACUGUGGUCACAGGCCUUUGAGGAUGGUAGCAUGGCAACUUGGUAGGCGGUUCUUCCUCGAGUAUUGGUGAGCACUAGACAGCUCAGUCCUCAAGAGUUCAGCUCGGGAGCCUCCGUCCUCCUGAAAGAAUGCUAGCCGCCUCCUUCUAGUCUGUGGGAUCUUCAGGUCACCGAGACACGUCCUAUCUGAUCAGGGUUUCUUUCUUGAGCACUGUACGUGACCCCUUUGGAAUCAUGGCCUCUCCUCCCUUUGCACAAACCUACCGCUUUCCACAACUGGAUUUCUACAGGUCAUUCAGCUGGUGAUAGGGUUUUGUUUCAGCUGUCCAAGUUGUUGUCUUUUUUUCUUUUUGGUUUUGUCUCGAUGUGUGUUUUCCUAUAGGGUAGCUUUUAAGUGGAGAGAAAAUACCUGCCAGUAGUGUCCCUCCUAAAAGCCUCCGAGGCACUUCAAUCAAAAGCGGAAAUUGUGCUGGUGGGAUGGUGCAGUCCCUUUUACUGACCAACUCACCCACCUCCAUGAUAACCAAGGCAUCAUUCACAUCCCCACAUUGUAUGCUGCUUUUUUUCCCACCUCUUCUUGGUUUUUCUCUUCUGUUUGCUGAGUUGUGGCUUCUUCCGUGCGCUCUCCUUUUCUGGCAACAGCUCACGUUGCUUGACGUUCACGUGAACCACUGAGACACAUGAGUUGAUGUGGGCAUGAAGGCAGUCCCCCACACAGCCCUUCCCAGAGGCAGCCGGAGCGGGUGUGUUCCUGACACAGCGGAACUCGAGCCCACCCCCCACAUGUCCCUGAAGGGAAUGCCAUGGCAUUGGAUAUACCCAGUCUGAAUGGACUCCCAGGAGCACAGAACACCGUGUGCGUUCAUGGCUGUGGCCAGCCUCUCCCCUCAACCUGUUUGGAGACUCAGAACACCAUUGGUACCUUUUGAUGAUAGAAAGCAUGGCUUCGUCAGACAGAAAGGUGGUGAUGGUGAAACCAUACCAGACGGCAAAAUGUACAAUAGGAGGAAGCUAUGCGUCCUGCUUGUGUGUCUGAUGCCAAACUCAAGGCCAGUCUGACCUACGGAAGCCUCUGGGUUUUUCCUUCUCAGCCGCCCGUCUCUGUGGGCAGGUGGCCGACGUCCCCCUGAAUUUAGGUGGGUGAGAAGGUAGCAGCAUUCACCACAGGCCCUCACCUGACACUAACCGGGGGCUCCCAGAUUGGCCAGAGCAUGCCGAAGGCAACUCCUUUCCACAACACGAACACACCCUUCGUGCGGCUGGCGCUGUCCAGGACAUAGCCCAUUCCAGCAACUGCGUUCACAGUUCGGGGCUUGUUCUUCUGUUAUUGUUACCUUCAUGUAACAUGGGUGUCAGCUUUUUAUUUUUUUUUCCUCUGGGCUAAGCAGCAUUGGGAAACCCAGACCCAAGAUCCACUCCUUGAGAGCGAGCGAGCGAUGAUGGUCACUCUCCUAGUGGCAACAAAAUGAGAGCUUGGAAGAGAGGCCAUGGUUGAGAUUGGACAUCUGUUGUCAGAGACGCUGAAGAUCCUAGCCUUGGACUGGGCCAGAGGGUUUCAUGUUUGGCCACCAUCUUGGAUGGCUAGUGAGUCAUGUAAAGAAAAUGAAGAUUCCUUAUUGAUGGUACCAGGAGCCAUGUGAACCAGGAAUCGUGGCAUGAAGAGAAGCAUUACGGGAAGACGGGGUGGCAGGGAGGGUGGGAGGGGGUCACUGGGAUUGGAGGAAAUGUACUCCACGCUUUGGACGUGAUCAUUUCUGAAGGUUAUCGGAUCACAUGAAGGCUCAGCAGCCAUCAUGGGUAUUUGGUUUCAACCUAACCUCUCGCUCUGGAAACUUCACACGGAGUUGUCGUGACGUUGUUCAAGAACACAAGACUGGGUCACACUCACCAACUGAGUUUGUCAGUUCUGGGGCAUGACGUUAAGGUUUUGUUUUUAUUUUGUUUCCUCAAGAACAUAAUUAAUCAUUUGUAUGUCUGAGUUUAUGUGUCCUCAUCUUUCCGGUAAACAUUUUUUUUUUAAUUAGUCAUUCAUUAGUAUUUCCAAUAGGGCUCUUAAGUCCAGUAGAUUACGGGUAGUCAGUUGACGAAGAUCUGGUUUACAAGAACUAAUUAAAUGUUUCAUUGCAUUUGUUUUUGUAAGAACAUAGAAUAAUUUUAUAAAAUAUUUGUAGUUUAUAAUUGCCGAAAAUAAUUUAAAGACACUUUUUUUUCCCUCUGUGUGCAAGUGUGUGUUUGUGAUCCAUUUUGUUAUUUUCUUUUAGGACACCUGUUUACUAGCGAGCUUUACAAUAUGCCAAAAAUAAACACAAAACAAAACAAAAAAACAAAAAAAAAGACUCCCCCCCCCCCAGGACCCAAGAUGUGGUUCACCCUCUUUUACCACCCCGCCCCCUGCCAUGCUUUGUUACCCUAGUUUAUAACAAAAGGAAUGAUGACAACUUCAAAAAUAGUUCUGUAUUUUCAGUAUCUUGGUCUUCUAGAACCUUCUGGUUGGGAAGUUCUUUUUUUUCCCAGUCAUUUCCUUUUGGAGUGUAGCAACUUUCAACAAAUAGAAGGAACAACCUCACUGAAGGUAGCAGAGGUGUGGUCGCCUAGCAGGGGACCGCACUGUUGGCAUCUGGCUUGAUUAUGAUCCUUGUUCUACAAUGCCAUGGAGAUGGAAGGACUUCAGGGUCCAGUGGAUGGUUUUACAAUGACCACCCAGAACAUUCUAGGACACAUAGGCCAUCCAUUUAAAGAUCUCCUAUCGUGUGACUGCCCUAUUCUAACAAGGAAGAGACCUUAUUUACUUUUUAUUUAAGGCACAACACUGAGGGUAUAUGAUUAUUCUUUCCAAUACAGAACAAAUUUCCUUUUAAUAAAAAACCAAUUUACAACAUAAUUCACUUUUUUAUUUUUUAAGUUUAAUCUUGUGCCCUUGGGCUCCCAUGGCGAUGGGCUGUGGGCUGUGGGCUAUGUCUGUACACCUCCACAGGAUACUUCUUAUUGGAAACAUCUGGAACUUUUUUGGGAGAUUGGGGGAGGCCUCAAGGCUGGUACUCUACCGCUUCCAAGAAUCUGGAACUUUUUGCAGUCCAUAUGAGAAUGGCCCAGAAACUCUGUGAUUCUGGUUUGGAACGUUCUCAUCUGGACAUUUGGCAUUGUGUAGAGAGAGCCAAGGUGGCUAAUGCCCGGCGAGCCCUCCGGUCUGCUUCCUACUCCAGUGAGGUUGGGAGGAAAGUUUUGCCAGAGUUUGUCUACCUCUGGGAUUAAAAAAAAAAAUUAAAAAAGAAAAAAUCAAGCUAGGAUGUGCGAUGGAACAGAUGCAUCGCAUAUAAUUCAUUUUCUGAGUUUUCUUGUUUUAAAAAAAGGUUUUUUUAAAAAAAAAAAGUUAAAAAAGAAAAAAAAGAAAAAGGUAAUAACAUGGCCAAUUUGUUACAUAAAAUGACUUUUCUGUGUAUAAAUUAUUCCUAAAAAAUUCUGUUUAUAUUAAAAAAAUCAGUAGAUAAAAAAAUUUUCAAAAUGUUUUUUUGUAUAUUCUGUUGUAAGAAUGUAUUCCUGUUACUGCGAUAUACUCUGGGUUCUUUACAUUAAGAAGAAGAAGAAAAAACUUUUGUCUAUUUUGAAUGGCUGGAGCUAAGGUGAUUUUAGUUUCUCUUACUCUGCUUUUUCUAGUUAGUUCAAGUACUACAUGGUUUAAGUUAAAUAAAUGAAUUCUGUAUGCA